AGAUGGAAGAAGAGGUCCAGCACCUAUAUGCCUGAUGCUGUGACGCCAAGUAUCCUGUAAGAGGGCAUCCUGAAGCUUCAACCACUGAUCAAGGCAACCAUGUUGAAGCCAAGUGGACUUAAAAUCCCUGGGCGGGCUGGGAAGCACUCCAGCCCCGUGGGACGACCCAGCGGGACAGCGACCACUGCAGCCACCACAGCCACCACUGCCACGAAAGAAGGUUCGCCACUACACAAACAGGGUUCUACCUCUUCAGUUGCUGCUGAGAAGCCCCCGGGGUCAAAGGUCACCGAGGUGGGCGAUGACUUCCUGGGAGACUUCGUGGUGGGCGAACGUGUCUGGGUGAACGGAGUGAAGCCAGGCGUGAUCCAGUAUUUGGGAGAGACCCAGUUUGCCCCUGGACAAUGGGCAGGGGUAGUUCUGGAUGACCCGGUUGGGAAGAAUGACGGUUCUGUGGGGGGGGUGCGCUACUUUGAGUGCCAGCCACUGCAGGGGAUUUUCACGCGGCCUUCCAAGCUGACCCGCCAGCCCACGACGGAGGGCUCAGGGAGCGACGCUCACUCAGUUGAGUCCCUGACUGCUCAGAACUUGUCUCUCCACUCGGGGACCUCCACGCCGCCUCUCUCCACCCGCGUCAUCCCGUUGAGGGAGAGUGUCCUCAACAGCACCAUGAAGACAGGGAACGAAUCCGGAUCAAACCUGUCGGACAGCGGGUCGGUGAAAAAAGGGGACAAAGACUUCCGGCUUGGAGACCGUGUCCUGGUUGGUGGAACAAAAACAGGUGUUGUGCGCUAUGUGGGGGAAACGGAUUUUGCCAAAGGAGAGUGGUGUGGAGUGGAGCUGGAUGAACCGUUGGGGAAGAAUGACGGCGCUGUGGCUGGAACAAGGUAUUUUCAGUGCCCGCCCAAGUUCGGCCUCUUUGCUCCUAUACACAAAGUGAUUCGGAUUGGCUUCCCAUCCACCAGCCCUGCCAAAGCCAAGAAGAGCAAGAGGCUGGCAAUGGGGGUCUCAGCCUUGACCCAUAGCCCCAGCAGUUCCUCCAUCAGCUCCGUCAGUUCCGUGGCCUCCUCUGUCGGGGGACGGCCCAGCCGAAGCGGCUUACUGACAGAGACCUCUUCUCGCUACGCCCGGAAGAUCUCCGGCACGACAGCACUGCAAGAGGCUCUGAAGGAGAAACAGCAGCACAUCGAGCAGCUGCUGGCAGAGCGGGACCUGGAGCGUGCCGAGGUGGCCAAGGCGACCAGCCGCAUCUGCGAGGUGGAGAAGGAGAUGGCCAUCCUGAAAGCCCAGCACGAGCAGUACACUGCCGAAGCAGAGGGGAACCUGCAGCGAGCACGGACCCUGCUGGAUGGCGCACAGAAGGAGAAAGUUGAGUUGCUGAACCAGUUGGAGGAGGAGAAAAGGAAGGUGGAAGACCUACAGUUUCGUGUGGAGGAAGAGUCUAUUACAAAGGGAGACUUGGAGACUCAGACCCAGCUGGAGCAUGCCCGAAUACGGGAGCUCGAGCAGAGCCUCCUGUUUGAGAAGACACAGGCUGCAAAGCUUCUCAAAGAGUUCGAGGACACCAGGCUGACCACGGUAGCAGAGCAAUCCAGAAUCCUCCAACUAGAGGAAGAGCUGAACUUAAGGAAGAGUGAAGUGGAAGAACUGAGGCAGUGCCUCCAAAACUCCCAUCAACCGGAUUCUCCAGACCACAGUCUUGGCCUGCAGACGGAAGCCCUUCGCUUGCGAGACCAGCUUCUUUCGGCUAACAAAGAGCACCAGAAAGAGAGUGUCCAGCUGAAGGAGAAGUACGAGAAGACGUUGAAGAAACAUCAGCAGGAGACUGAGAAGCUGAAAGCGCUCAAUGAGAAAUACUCUCAGGAAAUCGUGGACCUCAAGCAGAAAGUUCAGCAAGCCACCAAUGAGAAUAUGGGGCUGAUGGACAACUGGAAGUCCAAAUUGGACACUUUAGCGUCCGACCACCAGAAGUCCUUGGAGGGUCUCAAGGCUACCUUGAACACAGGUCCUGACUCCCAGCAGAAGGAGAUUGUGGAGCUGAAGGCCAUCGUGGAGAGCGUCAAGAUGGAGCACCAGUUGGAACUCGAGAACCUCAAAGCCAAGCAUGACAUCGAGACCGCGGUCCACGUUAAAGAGAAGGAGAGCCUGAAGCUGAAGCUGCAAGAGGCCAAGGACAAGCUGGAAGAAAGCAGCAACAACUGGAAGAUGCAGCUGGAAACCAAAGCCAACCAGCAUAUCCUCGAGCUUCAGGACCUGAAGGAGAAGUGUCGGGAGGCAGAUUUCCGAGUGCACGAACUGGAGAAGUUGCACGGGGAGUACAAAGAUCAAGCACAAGCCAUCGGUUUCUUGAAAGAACAGAUUUCUCUGGCGGAGAAAAAAAUGCUGGACUAUGAGACGUUGCAGAAAACCGAAGCCCAGAGUAAGCAAGAGAUCCAGCGGCUGCAGGAGAAAGUCCUCGUGUUGGAGAACAAGUUGCAGUCCACCGAGACGCUCCAUCCUUCUCAACACGCAAACAUGAUCGAAACGAAUGACAUUUCGGAAGAAAAGAUAAAGAUGAAGCAGACGAUGGAAGAUCUCCAGGACAGGUUGAGCAAAAAGGACAAAGAGGUUUCAUCACUCGUCUCCCAGACGGACACUUUAAGGACCCAAGUAAGUGCACUGGAAAAUAGGUGUAAAAGUUCUGAGAAGAAGGCAGAGAGUCUCUUGAAGGAGAAGAAGAGGCUGGAAUCCGAACUGGAAACAGUGUCUAAGAAAACCCAUGACGCUUCUGGACAGCUGGUCCUGAUCAGCCAGGAGCUACUCAAAAAGGAAAGAAGCCUCAAUGAACUGCGUGCUUUGCUCUUGGAAGCCAACAGACAUUCACCGGGGCCCGAGCGGGACUUGAGCCGUGAAGUACAUAAAGCCGAAUGGAGGCUGAAGGAGCAGAAGCUCAAAGAUGACAUCAAAGGCCUGAGGGAGAAGCUGAUUAUUCUGGAUAAAGAGAAAUCGGUAACAGAUCAGAGGCGGUACUCUCUGAUAGACCCCUCAUCCGAGUCAGAGGUUCUCCGGUUGCAACAUCGGCUGGUCAGCACUGAGGACGUCCUGCGAAACGCCUUGGAGCAGGGCCAGCAGAUGGAGAAGCUGAUGGAGGCGAUGAGGACCUCUCCUGAAAAAACACAGACGAUUGGAAAUUCUGGCUCCGCGAAUGGGAUCCAUCAACAGGAUAAAUCUCACAAGCAGGAGGAGAAGCACUGAUGAAAGAGAAGAGGUGGAGAGGACUGUGCCACGCUAGGAUCUGCUCCUGGAAACGGGCCGGACAAGAGAUGCCCUUCCCAUUCCCAGCUUUAGCGCCACCCGAAGGCCAUUUGCCAGUGUUUCCACUCUAAGAGCACAACUGCGUUUCGAGCAAACAUUCGUGGAUGUCAACAGGGCCGUCUCUCCCCCCCCCCCCCCGCGGUUCAGAUUUUGAAAGGUGGGUCUCAUUGCAGAAGAAGCGCUACAGCAGUUGUGUCUCCAUUUCAAUUUCUCCUCCAGUAUUGCCUUGAGCUUUCAGCAGCAUUCAGCGACAAUGGUGGUAGUGUUGGGUCAACGUCGCCUGUUCACACGGACGCCUCGCAACAUCAGCCAGUGGGGAGGCGCCUGAUCCCGGUGGCCUGUUGGAAAUAUCGGUGGCUUCUCAGCUGAUCCCUGAGACGCUUGAGUAUCUAAGGACUGGCAUGUGGCGUUUAACUCCUCCCUCAGCAUCCGCCUUCUGGAAGCUCUCCCUUUCCUCUCUAUGCUUGUUGGUGCCACAGAGACCUUUGGUGCGGAACGGAUGACUGCAUAAGCCCCCGCUGCAUUCCUAGAUGCCCUGUGGACAUUUUCCAGAGGAAAAAAGAGUCUCAAGACUUCUGAAUGUGUGGAUUCUUUUUAGUUCUAAUCAUAUAAUGUGUGACUACAGAUUUUCA